UGGACGACGUGCUGCUUCCGCCCGGCCCUCCCAGCUGCUGAGUCUGCCCUGCGAAGACUCCGCGCGCGCUUAAGGCGCACGUUGUUUACUUUGGCCGCAUGGCUUUGCAGAGCUCGGCGGUGAAAUUCCGCAGGAUCCUGGCUCAUUUCCCUCAAGAGCUCAGCCUAGCUUUUGCUUAUGGGUCCGGGGUCUUUCAGCAAGCGGGGGCCUCUGCCGUGGAAACGGGGAACAAUAUGCUGGACUUUGUGUUUGCUGUUGAUGAUUCUGUGACAUGGCAUAUGAUGAACCUGCUAAAGAAUCGUAAUCAUUAUUCCUUUCUAAAAUAUUUUGGGCCCAAGCCAAUCAGUAACGUCCAGAACUAUGGAGCAGGGAUUUACUACAAUACACUAGUGCCUUGUAAUGGCAGGGUUAUAAAAUAUGGUGUUAUUAGUACUGAUGUUCUGAUUGAAGAUUUGCUUCGCUGGAAGACACUCUAUGUAGCUGGACGACUGCAAAAGCCGGUGAAAAUCCUUACUCAGAAUGAGAACGUUAAGCUGCAAGCUGCCCUUACUAGUAACUUGAAGAGCGCAGUCACAGCAGCCUUUCUUAUGUUACCUGAAAGUUUCUCUGAAGAGGAUCUUUAUAUGCAGAUUGCUGGGCUCUCUUAUUGCGGUGACUUCAGAAUGAUAAUUGGAGAAGAUAAGUCAAAGGUUAUGAACAUAGUGAAGCCUAAUAUGUUGCAUUUUCAGAAGCUCUACAGUAACAUAUUAGAGGAUUGCCCACAAGUGGUGUACAAGCACCAGCAGGGGAAACUGGAGGUCUCAUUCUGCUUUCAAAAUUCUGCAUAGUUGCAAAAGUGAUUUGCUGGAGGGAUGUAGCUCUUGUUCAAGAAUAGUCAACUUCUUUGAAAAUAAAUUUAGGAAGAAGCCCAUAAGAGCACAUUAAAUAAACCCUCACUGCAAGAAGUGAAGUUGCAGGGAACCAGGCAGAGGGCCUUCUUGGCAGUGGCGCCCUCCCUGUGGGACACCCUCCCAUCAGAUGUCAAGGAAAUAAAGAACCACACAAGACAGCCCUGUAUCAGGAAGUUUUCAAUGUUUGACUUUUGACUGUGUUUUGUAUAUGUACUGUAAGCCGCCCAGAGUGGCUGGGGAAACCCAGCCAGAUGGUGGGGUAAAUACUUAGAGAAUUGCACCUCUCUCUUCAGCUUAUAAAGUCCCUUCAUGGUCUUUUCCUGGUUCCUUACUCCUGCAGUAUCCAACUUUCCAGCAUUCCAGCUCUCUUAAAGUGUUUCAGCCCAUUUUUCUCUUCAGCUCUUCCCUCCAAGUUUCUGACUCCACAAUAAACUGUCUUACCUAACUUUCUAGCUUGACAUAUUCUCCUCGCAGCCAAUCAGAAGAGUAACCUUCUAGUUAAGAUUCUAUUUCCCCUUAGUUGUCAGGUUUGUAUGCUGAUCCUUUGACCCUCCUGUGCAGACCUUCCUUAACAAAACAUCCCCUUAAACUUCUAACCUUCCUUUGAACUUUUCACCCUCUUAUGCAGGAGAGCCUUGAAUGCAGGAAGCUACCAUUUUACAACCCUAAUUUUGCAACCAAAAACCAAACACAAAAUGGCUACUCACCAUGAUGGCUAUGCUCUGCCUCCAAGUUUGGGAGGCUGUAUGUUUUUGAAUACCAGUUGCUGGAAACCUGCUCUUGUGCUUUAACUUUCUUGUGGGUUUCCCACAGACAUCUGGUUGGCCCCUCUGAGAAAAGGAUGCUGGAUCUUUGGGCUGAUCUAUCAGGGUUCUUCUUGUUCAUACUGUGUGGAGGGUUGCACUCUUAUAACAGCAAUAUGUGUUGCAAUUUAUGGAUGUGCCUACAGAGCAUGGUAUUAAAAUCUUUUGCAGUGUUGCUGAAAACAACAACCCGUGUCCGUUCAUUUCUCUCUCU